ACAAUCAGAGCACAGAACAGAAUAAUCCUCAAUCCACAGAGGUAGCUUCCGUUCAGUCAGUGUCUACAUAGGCAGCCGUUCUUAUCAGUCACAGAGCGGUAUCAAGUGUCGUCCUAGUUUGUUCUCGGAGCUCCAGUCAUCCAUGUCACAUUCUCCAGUGUAAAGUUUCAUUACAGUGCAGAACGAAACUCGAAUUAAAUGUGUUACUUAGUGCAGUAAGUGCGUGUGCACAUCCUACUGUAAAGAUGGAUAAAUUCAACGAGUAUUGGGAGCUGCUUUCCGACAGAAGUAUUCAUAUUGGGAAGGAGCUUAUUGCGUACUACAAAACUCUGCACGAAAAUGAAGAUGGGUCACCGCUGUCGGAGGAAGGGUGUAGUUUUCUGCUGCAGAAUCUUCUGGUCAACCCGUAUCCGAGCUGUCAGCUGUUGCGACUGCUGGCGACUAGCAAAAUUCCUCUGAAAAAUAACACCAUUCGCGAGAUUUGCGAUGAAGGAAUGAUGGAUUUUGUGGACAGUUUCGAGCAGACGGAUGUCGAAAAGUUUUAUAAUUUAAUGUCGAAUAAUUUGCUGUCCAGUGGUGCGAUCAAUCAAAUUGUUCCCGUCGUACUGCGGUUGUUGGACGAGGGGCAGAUUGACAGAGAGAUGCUGCUGUUGGCUCUGGUUUCAAGAAAAUCCCAGAAGAUGCUGAAACAUUUUCUUAAGAAGAUUCAUAUGUCGCGAGAGCUGCAGUAUUUGCAGGAAGCGGUCGAUAAUAAGCAACACUUUUUGAGCAACAUUUUGACUGCUAGUGAAAUUGUUUUCAAUGAUGUAGCCGUUCAAGACUACAUCCAUUUUUUUCGGUUGAUCACUGAAGUAAAUAAGGGAAACUUAAUUUCCGGUAUUCCAUCUAAACUGGAAUGUCCCGAUGGAAACUUUCUGCAAAUGUAUUUAAAAGAGAUCAAGCGGACGGAGCUACUUCAAGGUUUGUUCGAAGGCCAAGAAGACCCUUUGUCAGUAGAAGAAUACGCCAAAGAAUCGUCUGUAAUUGCGCUGUACAUGAAGAAAGCUUGGAAAAUUUCACCUUCUAGCUACGAGCAGUUGCUGGAAGUUAUUAUCGAGAAUGAUAGCUUUAAUGAGGCUAUUUUGAAGGAUUACUUACCGCUAGAUAACCUAUAUGUGCUGCAAUCGUCGGGAGAUGCGCGGUUGCUGCAAAUGAUGAUGCUGUGGUACUACGUAAUGGACGUCAUGAAGCUGUCACCACAUUUGAAAAUUUUCGAAGACGUUCUCGAAAGCAGAGCCAAUAGCGUCAAAGCAGUUCUGCAAUCCAUUGAUAGCACUGAAACCUUUGUCGAUCUCCUGGAAGGCGUCAUUACUCUGCUGUUUGUUCGUUAUGAACAUCUACCGCAAAGAUCUCACGGUCAGGUUGGUUUUAUGUGCUCAAACGUCGUUUUGGAAGUGAUUUUGAGUAAUCUGAAGUUGGUGGCAACUCAAAAGAAGCACGCCGCAAAUUAUGACAAUGCAGACGAUGAACUGAAAUUGCGUUUGACCAAUUGUAUAGAUAUCAUCAACGAUGCUCUCUGGAGGAUAUCGUUGUUCUCAAACAUUUCAAGCAUCAGUGAAUCGCCUCUCCAGUUGACGGAUAUCGAUUCCAGCAAUAUCAUUACCAAGUUGCCAGAUUUGGUUCAGGACGAUGAGGAUCAUAUGUUCCACAGUGCCGAAGCUCUUCAGGAUCGAGCUAAAAAAUAUUCCACCUUUCCUAAGCGGAAACAUUCCAAGCAUGGUCAGAAACCUCCUCAAAUUUCGUCCAGUGGUUCUACAGGAGUCAAAUCCAUGCGUCAUUCUCUCCCACCUUCUAAUAAAAUGGGUUCAUCGUUGGAUUCAUCCAUCACUGACAUGGUAUCACGACCCAGAAGUUUGUUCUCCAAAAUGCUUGGCACGCCGGAAAAACUAGCCACACUCUGUCUUGUCAACAAGAAGUUUGACGAGGCCAAGGCGAUAAUUAAAAACAAUAACCUUUCUGCAACUACCAUCGGUCAUGAUCUGCACUUUCUGGAAAAUUUUACCCAGAUCCAGGAGAAACUUGGUACCCUGAUCACAAGAUAUGACGACAUGCAGAAGCGGCAAGGCAGCGGAUCUAUGUUGGAAGAUAUUCGUUACAGAACGGCGAUCGGGUUCGAAGCUUCCAAGAUCAUCAGCACCGUGGAGACUUUCUCCAGUGAGCAAAAAAUCCAACAGAACGAUCAAGAUUUGCAACUGCUAGAGAAGCACAGUGGCCAGUAUCCGUUUCUGAAACUGUUUCAAGGGGAAAAUCUUCGAAACGUUCACGCAAUGGAUCUUAUGCUAGGAUUACCAAUGAACUACGAUCUUAGUGUUACCCUAUACAACCUCGUAUCGAAGUGCUUGGAUAAAGCGGAUGGUAUCGAUGGAAGAAGCUUCGCAUAUGUCGGUUUCUUGAAGCGAUUGAUCGAUGAUAUGCAACUGUUCCGAGCUGGAGGAACAACCGGGAAGCUGCCGAUCACGUUUCAUCGAUUGCUAGGCCAGGAAGUGUGUCCUCUGGAAUCUACUCAAUUGGCGCCAUUGCUGGAGACUCGUCGCAGUCUGGUUUCGCUAGAUUCCUUGGAAGAGCUACGAACAAAUUCCCGAAAAAAUUGCUGGAGUGUCUGUAAAAAGAUCCUGAAGUUUGUCGGUGAAGCAGAAAAGUUGAUAACUAUGUGUGACGAUAGUGAAAAAUCGCUCACAUCGGAGGAGAUUAUGAAAAAAGAUCUUCAGGAGAUUGUUGGACGGCUGGUGUUUGAGAAAAACGUUCGUUUGAAUGUUUUGGAGUCGUUAGUUGCUGGAAUAAACUCGAAUUUGACUCAUAUCAUUGCGCAGAAGCUUUCGAGUGAAGUAAAGCAACAUUCAGAAUAUGGCAGGGCAGCUCUACCCGACGUGGUAGAUUAUGUAUCCCAAAAGAACGAUCUGUUGGGAAUUAUCGUGAAGGAAAUAUCGGGCUUAGACGGAGGCAACAAUCUGCUGAAAAAUCUGAAGAACCUUCCCUGUAUUGAGCUUUUCGAGUCUUUAUACGGUUGUAGAAUGUCAGCUGCCUUGAAUCUCAACCAUUACAAAUUGGAAUCUCUUCUGGAGGAUUCAGAUUGUGAAGCGAUUCAGCGUCUUCGAAUGCUGGACCACAUUCUCAGCCAGAAAGGCAACCAAGAUAUGAGUAAAUUCCACACGUUGAGACAUGAAAUUAUACUAAACCUGCUGGAAUCGAGCGAAUGCAGCCAGGAUCUGUCCGUGGAAAGAAUACUACAAAAUACCAAAGACAUCAAUCAGAAAGCCGAGUAUCUCAUGAAAUACGCCAACAGGAUUUCGAAUGCCCAAACCAUUGUAGAGUUAAUCAGUUGCAUUCUCUCGUCGCGAGACAUUUCCAAGCUGACUCCCGAACACCAACAAUCAUUAGAAGCAUGGACGUUGAAGCAGCAAGUCUAUAGCGAGAUAGGAGCUGCUAUGCAAAACGAAGAUUGGCGUUCGGUUCGGGAACAGUCGGUAAACUCGAGAGAAUUGAUCUUAGAACAAUUGAUCCAGAAGCACAUGUACGACUUGUGUUCCCGUUGGAUUAAAAUCCAUCCUUUGAAUUUGGAAGAUGACUCCAGGCUUAUCGAUACCUUCACUAUUGGCGUGAUAAACGCCUCCCGUCAAAACGAAGAUUGUUCUGCACUUUUCGCUAUCAUCGAGGGGAUGUCCAAGGAGCAUGUGAUUCGUUUCUACGAAACGAUUCUUCUGGGUGUCAAGAACGUGGCUGUAAUCAAACACGCAGUGAAGUACCUGGAGGACAAUGGGGACAACACGAAAACGUACCAGAAAUAUCGGAUUUCGUUGGCAAUUUUUGAUCACUUGCCGGAUGAAGAUUCUAAACGCCUUUGGAAUCUUAUUUGUCGACCACUGUUGAUCAUCGAGCAGUACCUGAUGAACUCAAAACUAGAACUGCUUUCCACCGUUAUGGAUUCCAUCCGUCCUCUGUUGAGGGGCGAUGUUUGUGCGACUUGCUAUGAGCAGCGGGAAUACAUUCGAGAUCUUCGAGGUCGUCUCAAUGGAUCGAUCAACUUGGAUUCAAGUCACGACGAUCAGUUCAUUACCAACGAGUGCAUCGACUGUUUGCUCAGAAUCUACGCCGGCAAGGCUCUGGACUACAGAGUAUCCAAUGAUUCUGGGACUUCGGAAGGAUCGAUGCAUAAUCAUAGUCUAGAGUUUUCCAGCCUUGAUUCGUUGUGUGGUGCGUUCACCAUGCCUAAGUCGGUUCCAAAUAAGGAUGCUUGGAUUCGAGACGAGGAUGCAACUCAUUGCAUGUCCUGCAGAAGGAGCGUGUUUUCGAUGCUUAAUCGACGCCACCAUUGCCGUCGCUGUGGGAGAGUUGUUUGCCAUUCGUGUUCCAAGAAAAAACUGGAGAUUCCAGAACUAUACGAAGACGUUCCGGUCCGAGCUUGUGAUGAUUGUGUGAAGCAAUCUCAAGCUAUAUUGACCGUUCCAGUGCAGAGUCCUAGCGCGCUGGUUAAUCACAAUGAUUGCGAUGAAUGGCAGUUGACAGGCAAUGUGCGCAACGAUAACAUUAUACGAGAGGAAUACAGCUACGAAUAUGCUCCAUCUACCAGUCAAUGUCUUGCGAUCUGUAAUCUUCACAGUCAGAAUGAGGAAUUGUCUAGUUUUCUGUUGUACCAUUGCGCUAAGCUGGAGUCUCUGCUGCGUCCUAUCCAUCCCGGGUACCCCAAUCCAGAAAUCGAUUACGCUUUAGUGGCUCGGAUGCUGCUGAACCUGACACUGGCGGCCAAAGUGCGUGGAUUGCAGUUUACGGAAGCGGACAAGAUGAAAGAACAUGCCGAGAUCAUUCUAUCGAUUGUGAAAAACGAUUGCGAGUCGCUACUGCUACAGGAAUCCAUGAGCAGUACGAACCUUCGGAAACUUAGGGAUGCUCUCGUGAUGGCCGAGAAAUGGACACUAGCGUUGGAGCUCUCGCUCAAAUGUGGAUUCUCUACGAGUGGAGUGAUGGCCGCUUGGGGUACAACUUGCUUGCGAGCAGGGUGUUACGAAACAGCUCGGGAAAAGUUCUCCUAUUGCUUGCAGAAGCUCUCUACCGAUGCCGACAACAGUACAAUUCUGAACUGCAUUGAAUCUCCGGAAACCAAGCUGGCGAACUAUAAAACCGCCAUCCCUAUCAAACGACCAGCGAAAAGUCCACCACUAUUGAUGGAAAUUAUCAGCAUUUUGGAGUCGACCGCUCAGGCACAACCACCGGAAGUAGUAGCCAGAGCUAGUAUGAUUAAGAACUCCAACACCUCCUUGUCAUCUAGCAAUCGCAAGAGAACCAAAGAGAACAUUCCACUUCACGAGCCGGCGCUGAAUGUUCUGAACACGCUCUCCAAUCUAAAGCACAUCACCAAAGGAAAUUUCACGGACUUUCUGCCAGAAAAACGAGCGCUACGGAAUCGCGAUGCUGCAGUGUCCACUAGUGCGAACUCUGCCGAUUAUCUCCAGGCCUUGGACUGUAUCAUGAGCACUCGAUUCUUUGAAGAAUCCAUGUUCUAUCUGUUAACGUACGGUGCUCAUUUGGAAAUCGCAAACUUUCUGAUCAACCAUCGUCAAAUUUUACCGGCCAUGAAGUAUGCACUAAUGCAGCAGGUCGAUCCAGAAGUGUUCCUCCAAACGAUCGUGCUACCAUAUUUGAAGAGCGGAAGAUUGGAAACCGUGAUCCAAGUUAUGAGCAGUAUGGAUGAGACACUGCUCACGUGGAAGGCUUACAUCAUCUAUACCUGCCGUUAUCUGGAAACGAACCGCAUGUUGAACUGCUUGUACAAUCUGCAACUGCUGCUGGGCGAUCCGAUACGGGCGAGUAUGACCUGCGUACGAUUCUACUCUAUGGAUGCGAAGAACUUUACCGAUUUGGAAGCUAAUACAUUUCACCUGAAGAAUAGUGCUGCGCAUCUGCAGACAGAACUGGAAUCGUGCAACUGGGAGGAGAUUAGCGUGGAGAGUCUCAGCGAUCGGAGCGAGACCCACAAGAGUUUGCUGAUGAAGAUGGAGCCAAAGGAAUUGAACAACCACAUCAAUACGAUACUGCGACAGCUGGAGAUUACCAAGUUCUUGGCAAACUGCGAGGCCAAAGGGAAGGAUGUCGUAGGAUUAUUGCCGAAGCUGUUCAUUGAGUCCAACAAAGUGCCGACCCUUUUCGGGACGGUUCAUGAAAAAUUGCAGCUCGCAGUAUUAGUGCUUGUUUGCGGAAAGAACAUCGAGGAAGGAUUCGGACUAUCGUAUAGGGUAAUUCAGGAUUUCAAUUUGAAUAGCAUGCGGGUGUACAGCCUUACUGCGAAGUACUUUAUUGGAGAGUCUCAGGUCGAAGAGGUGGACAAGUUGUUGCAGGCCAUCGUCAGCAACAGUGCUGCUACAGUGGAUACGAACAGUUUCUGCGAUGAACUGAUAAAGCACUCCGUCGAGACGGCCAUUGCAAUCCACGGUAGCAGUUCGCUCGUGAAAACUGCACUGGAAGGAAUGAUAAAGCGCAUCAGCGAAGUCGGGCUGAAGAUUCAUUGCUACAUAAUUACCGGACAGCUUAAGACGGCUUAUCUGUAUGCAAACAAAAACGGAAGAAUUGGUGAUAUUAGGAAAGUUUUACGACAAGCAGAGGCCUUGAACCAAGUGCACGUGAAGAGGCUGUGCGAGUCAAAACUAGCCUCGGAAGGCGGUUCGCGGAAGUAGGCAAAUUAUGUUUUGUUAAAGCAAUGUGUUGAUAUUUUAUAGGAGAAUAUAUUUCGAAUAAACUAUAUUGGAAAAUCGGUAUCUUGAAGUGAAACAAAGUUCCCUUUUCUGUGAGUUAGAUAGGCUUUAUUUUGUUAGAUAUGUCUAUGCCUAGUGACUAUCUUUUAUGCUUGAUAAUUUAUAAUAAUAAAAAUAGUGUGAUGUUUCAUUAAGCCUGUUCAUUAUGUACAAUUUUGAACACACAGAUUCCAAAUGUUUGCAUCAUAUUGUCGCGCUAACAAUGCGAAUCGUACAUUACUGGGAUACUGGGGUCUAUCGAGAUAGUUUUUUUUUUCACGUAACACUAUUGAUACAUUUGUAUUUUUGUGCUCCCUAAUCAGUUGGUUGUCAUUUUACAAUAAAAAUUAUGAUAGUCUUUCUAAUUACACUGUAAUGCGCAUUUACUUUUGCUCAAGUAUUCCAAAGACUGUAACACGAAAAUUAAGAUUUUGUCAUUUUUAAACAUUUUUUUUUAGAUAGAAAGAAUAUCACAAGUCUCGCCAUUUUCGUAUGGGUACAAUAAUAAAACUGACGAAAGAACUAACAAUAAUGAUGAGGAAAUCCUAGAAGCACGCAAUCGAGAUAUGAUUUUUUAAGUCGAGUAAGCCUAAAUGCCACUUGUUGAUUUUCAUACGUUUGAAAAUAAAUUUCGCUUAUCACCCGUUGUUCUUGUUACAGAAAUGAAGUUACACAAUUGUGUCUAUAAGCUAAUUUUGAUCUAAAAUUUCGUUUUUCGUUUUUUGUUCGAUUGAUCAGUACACCGAUAAAAGAUCCCAAAUCAGACUCAUAAAUUGUUGCUCUUAAUUUGUAUGUUCUUUCUUAUACUUGGUCCCUAGAAAAGCACA